AUGUCGUAUGAUUUUACUGGUGGUAGUUUACGUUUAAAAGGUGUCUCAUCAAUUGGUAAAAUAUCUAAAAGAAAGAAAAAGAAGGAUUUAACAAAAAUCGAUCAUAUAGCAAGUAAAAGUGAACAGCAACAUUUACAAGAAACAGGCGCAUCAACAUCAUCUUCAACAAAUACAGUUCGAAAAGAGUAUCGUACACAAGCAGAAAUUGCCUAUCAAGAAACAAUGGCUAAACGUUUAGAAGAAAAAAUUUUAGAAAAAGCUAGUAAAAGUCAUAAACAACAAGUGGAAGAACUUAAUUCAUACUUGGAUAAAUUAACAGAAUACAAUGAUAUACCUAAAGGUUCAAUUGAUCAAAAAUCGUCAGCAAUUGAUCUUAUACUAACAAAUAUUACAUAUGCAUGGAUUGGAUCAAUAAAACGAGAUUAUGUUCAGCAGUUAAUGAAUGGAUGUGAUGAUUUUUAUUUACACACAAAAAAUGCCUUCAACAACGAUUUAACAACAUCGAAUUACGUUUAUACUUGUAAAAAACAAGUAAAAAACAAGCAAAACAUGUUAACAUUUACGUGGAAAGAACAUGUGGGUGAUAAUACAUAUAUUAUUAUUGGACAUAUGGACCUAGUACAAAGUGCAGAGCCAUCAAUUAUUCUAUGUGAAAUGAUGGAUUAUAAUAUUCAAAUGGCAAAUUAUUUACGAAAAGAAAAUGAAAAAAAAUUAAAAGAAAUUGAUCUUAUUAAAGCCGAAAAACUAAAUGCAUUAGAUCGUUUAAGUGAAUUAGUCAAUAUUAAGAAAGAUACGGAAAAUGAAUUAUUUAGAAAAGUAUGUAUAUAG